CAAGAUGGGGUUGCAACAAACUGGAGCUUAUAUAACAAACCCAAAUAGGUUCCCAAUAAGAAAGAAGAGUCAUCACAAGGAAAAAGGGGAAAGAAAAGAUGCCUUGCCUUUACAUCUCCACCAACAUAAACUUAGAUGGAGUUAACAUCGAUCCAAUCUUUUCUCAAGCCACCACUGCAGUUUCCACAAUCAUCGGCAAACCAGAGAAGUUUGUGAUGGUCAUAUUGAAGGGGUCAGUGCCAAUAUCUUUUGAGGGUAACAAAGAACCAGCUGCAUAUGCUGAGAUAGUUUCAAUGGGUGGUAUAAAUCCAGAAGUGAAGAGGAAGCUAAUUAAUACCAUUGGCACCAUAUUGCAGUCCAACCUAUCUAUACCAAGAACAAGAUUUUUUCUCAAAGUCUUUGACACAACACUAUUCCGUACUAAAUCCAAAAUGUAAUAAUAUGCUUGAUCUGAUUAUGACAUGCCACAAUAUUGUUCCCUAAUCAUUUAUCGAUGAGUUUUAACGUAUGUUGCCACUAAAAUAUGCCCAUGUGAUCUUCAUUUUUGCACUCAAUAAAAAGAAUGCCACGUAAUAUGGUUAUGGAAAAAAAAUCCUUUAACUUA